UGCGAUACAUAAAGCUGAGGAGCUGAGGCCUCCCCUUUUGGGUCGGUUCUGGGGCGCGCAGCGCGGAGCCAGCAGCUGCGGAUCCAGCGGGAGCGGGAGCCGGAGCGGCCGCGGAGACUCGGCGCCCCUGCCUCCGGUGAGCCCUCUGCCAGCCGCCGCGGUGCCGGGGAAGCCGGGCGCCCAGUGACCGAGAAGCAGUCGGACCCGCGGGAGCCGCGCGCCGCGGCCGGAGGAGCUGCCCGGGACCCGGACCCAGACUCGGGGCGGAGGAGGCGCACCGCCAGCAGUCAUGUCGGUGGUGGGGCUGGAUGUGGGCUCGCAGAGCUGCUACAUCGCGGUGGCCCGGGCCGGGGGCAUCGAGACCAUCGCCAACGAAUUCAGCGACCGGUGCACCCCAUCAGUCAUAUCAUUUGGGUCAAAAAACAGAACAAUUGGAGUUGCAGCCAAAAAUCAGCAAAUCACUCAUGCAAACAAUACAGUGUCUAACUUUAAGAGAUUUCAUGGCCGAACAUUUAAUGACCCCUUCAUUCAAAAAGAGAAGGAAAACUUAAGUUAUGAUUUGGUUCAGAUGAAAAAUGGUAGCGUUGGAAUAAAGGUAAUGUACAUGGAUGAAGAACAUCUGUUUAGUGUGGAACAGAUAACAGCCAUGCUGUUGACUAAGUUAAAGGAAACUGCUGAAAACAACCUCAAGAAACCAGUAACAGAUUGUGUUAUUUCAGUCCCCUCUUUCUUCACAGAUGCUGAGAGGCGAUCUGUAUUAGAUGCUGCACAAAUUGUUGGUCUAAACUGCUUAAGACUCAUGAAUGAUAUGACAGCUGUUGCUUUGAACUAUGGAAUUUAUAAGCCCGAUCUCCCAGGCCCGGAUGAGAAACCUCGGAUAGUGGUUUUUGUUGAUAUGGGACACUCAGCUCUACAGGUGUCUGCCUGUGCCUUUAACAAGGGGAAAUUGAAGGUACUGGGAACAGCGUUUGAUCCUUUCUUGGGAGGAAAAAACUUCGAUGAAAAGUUAGUAGAACAUUUUUGUGCAGAAUUUAAAACUAAGUACAAGUUGGAUGCAAAAUCCAAAAUUCGAGCCCUUCUUCGUCUGUAUCAAGAGUGUGAGAAAUUGAAAAAGCUAAUGAGCUCCAACAGUAUGGACCUGCCACUGAGCAUUGAGUGUUUCAUGAAUGACCAGGACGUGAUGGGAAAGAUGAACAGGGCACAAUUUGAAGAACUCUGUGCUGAACUCCUGCAAAAGAUAGAAGUUCCCCUUUAUUCAUUGAUGGAACAGACACGGCUCAAAGUAGAAGAUGUGAGUGCUGUUGAGAUAAUUGGGGGCACUACACGAAUUCCAGCUGUGAAAGAAAAAAUUGCCAGAUUCUUUGGAAAAGAUGUUAGCACAACACUCAAUGCAGAUGAAGCAGUUGCCAGAGGCUGUGCAUUGCAGUGUGCAAUCUUGUCUCCAGCAUUUAAAGUUAGAGAGUUUUCCAUCACAGAUGCAGUUCCUUUUCCCAUAUCUCUGGUCUGGAACAACGAUUCAGAAGACACUGAAGGAGUUCACGAAGUGUUUGGUCAAAACCAUGCUGCUCCCUUCUCCAAAGUUCUCACCUUUUGGAGAAGCGGACCUUUUGAACUGGAAGCUUUCUAUUCUGAUCCUCAAGGCGUUCCAUACCCUGAAGCAAAAAUAGGCCGCUUCAUAGUUCAGAAUGUUUCUGCACAGAAAGAUGGAGAAAAAUCAAAAGUGAAAGUGAAAGUGCGAGUCAACACACAUGGCAUUUUCACCAUCUCUACAGCGUCUAUGGUGGAGAAAGUCCCUGCUGAGAACAGUGAGCUGCCUUCUGUUGAAGCAGAUGUAGAGUGUCUCAGCCAGAGACCUCCAGAAAACCCAGAGGCUGAGAAAAAUGUCCAGCAAGACAGCAGUGAAGCUGGAACACAGCCCCAGGUACAAACUGAUGGUCAACAGACCUCACAGUCUCCCCCUUCACCUGAACUUACCUCAGAGGAGAACAAAACCCCAGAUGCUGACAAAGCAAAUGAAAAGAAGGUUGACCAGCCUCCUGAAGCUAAAAAACCCAAAAUCAAGGUAGUGAAUGUAGAGCUACCUGUUGAGGCCAACUUAGUCUAUCAGCUGGGGAGAGACCUGCUGAACAUGUACAUUGAAACAGAGGGUAAGAUGAUAAUGCAGGAUAAAUUGGAGAAGGAAAGAAACGAUGCUAAAAAUGCAGUGGAGGAAUAUGUGUAUGAGUUCCGAGAUAAGCUGUGUGGACCAUAUGAAAAAUUCAUCUGUGAGCAGGACCAUCAAAAAUUUUUAGAACUGCUCACCAAGACCGAGGACUGGCUCUAUGAGGAAGGAGAGGACCAAGCAAAACAAGCCUAUGUGGACAAGUUAGAAGAAUUAAUGAAAAUUGGCACUCCAAUUAAAGUUCGAUUUCAAGAAGCUGAGGAACGGCCAAAAGCAUUUGAAGAACUAGGUCAGAGGCUGCAGCACUAUGCCAAGAUAGCAGCCGACUUCAGAAAGAAUGAUGAAAAAUAUAACCAUAUUGAUGAGUCAGAAAUGAAGAAGGUUGAGAAGUCUGUGAAUGAAGUGAUGGAGUGGAUGAAUAACGUCAUGAAUGCCCAGGCUAAAAAGAGUCUCGAUCAGGAUCCUGUUAUACGUGCUCAAGAAAUUAAGGAAAAAAUAAAGGAGUUGAGUAAUAUCUGUGAACCUGUUGUAACACAACCCAAACCAAAAAUUGAAUCACCCAAACUGGAAAGAACUCCAAAUGGCCCAAAUACUGAUAAAAAGGAAGACGUUUUAGAUCAAGGCAAAAAUAAUUUUGGUGCUGAACCUCCACAUCAGAAUGGUGAAUGUUACCCUAACGAGAAGAGUUCGAUUAAUAUGGACUUGGACUAGAUAACAUUAAAUUGGCUUUAUCCUUUAAUAAAAUAUUUUUGCCGUAGUAUGUGACUCUAUGUAACAUACUGAGACUAUUUAUAUUUUCUUUUUUAAGAAUGUUUAGAACUUUUGUGUACUAUAUGGAAAAAGGAAAAGCUUAAGUCUGUAAUCUUUACGAUCCUAAAAGGGAAAAUUGCCUUGGUAACUUUCAGAUUCCUGUGGAAUUGUGAAUUCAUACUAAGCUUCUGUGCAGUAUUACCAUUUGCAUCACUGAGAAGGAAAUUGACUUGUCUUUUGGAAAAGCUAAAACAAACUAUACUGCUUGUUCAAGAGGGCUGUGGGUAAAAACAUUAAGCAUUUGUUCCUGCCAAGGUAGUUUUCUUGCAUCUUGCUCUCCAUUUCAGCAUGUGUGUGGAUGUUUAUAAACAAUACAAUCUGAUUUUACAAGGGCUUUCUAAAAUUCUGUCCAAUAGAAGAUGACUUUUUGCUUUGAUAUUAUUAAAAUGCAUUGAGUAAUGCAAGCGCUAGUGAAAUGUGUUAGCAGCAUGCAGAACAAAUCUUUCAAAUGUAUCACUUGUUACACAGUGCACUGUCAAGUGGAGGUGUCAAAUGGAAGAAAUGUAGGUUGUGUGUUGCCGGUAUUGUGAAACCUUUUAUGAGCUUUAAAAUAAAGUUCAUCUAUGGUAUCAUUUCUAAA